AUGACCAAUAAAUACCCUCACGCGGAUCAUCUGACCAAUGAGGAGGUAGAUUAUGAGUUGGUCAUACGGGGUAGAACGGGGCAGGUGAAAGAUGAGCCUGAAGCCAAAUAUCGGCUAUUGAGGAAUUUAUUUUAUGAAGAUGCACGGGAGAAUAGAGAUUAUCCUUCUCCGUAUACCAUUGAUCAGGAAUUUGAUUACAUUUUGGGAAAAUUAGAGAUUUUGAGGGGAAUGUUGGACAAAGGACCCGACGAUAGAGUUACGUCGCGUCUAAAACAUUUUUUAUUGCGAGUAGCGCGAUGUAAGACUCCCGAUUCGUCGUCCGAACGAAUGCAGAGAGAACUCUUACACGAGAUACGGGCCUUGUUGAACAGAACUAAUGGACGGAAGAUAACUGAAGGAAAACAGAGUAGAGAGUUGGCUGCCGACACUCGUAGAAGCGAUUUGUUGUCCCAACAUGAAGAAUUAGAAGUUGAGGAGGACAUACUGGGAGCGGAAGGACGAGACGACCAGCAAGAUCUGACGAAGGGAACUUAUGAUCGUUUUGGCUCCAAUCAAGGUGCGAUCAAGAAGCAGUUGGAACGGACACCCGAACAGGUGUCACGGGUGGAAUCUAGCCAGCAACAACAAGCAUUGCUGAGUCGAAUCGCUGAACUGGAGAAGGAAUUAUCGGAGACUCGCUUGUCCGCAUCAGUGUCCAGAUCCUUUAUCUCGCGGAACGCUCGGUCCACGUUCAUGGAAGAAGCCAUUUAUUCUCAUCCGGGUAUGGACCGUACAAACUUAGAUCCUCCGCAACAGUUUCGCAGCGGUUGGUCCUCCGGUUACGUUCGAAGUACUCCAAAAGAUCGACCCGCCGAGAAUAAAAAAUGGGACCCUCCAGCGACUAAUAACUUCUGCAAAUAUGCAGGCACUUCACACCGCGAGCGACGAGAUAGUUUGGUUUCAGGUGGCUCGCGAACGUAUUUCGAGGACUCCCGUCGGCAGGGCGUUGUAUCCUACAACUUGGGCGAAUCCUACCGUUAUGCUUCGGACGAAAGUACGGAUGACGAGAGGGAUUGGCGUACCAGAGAUCAUCAACCAAGGAGAGGUAGAGAAGACCAUCGACCACGGAGAGGUAGAGAAAGAGAAUGGUACACCGAGGCGGAUCAACCAAGAAGACGUAGGGAAAGCGGAGAUGCUCGUCAACGUCCCUUGGAAGAUUUUCUGCAUAAAAUUCGCCGAUUAGCAAAAAUGGACCGAGUAGCGGAUGAUGUACUUCUGCAACGUGUUCAUACGAUCCUCCGGGGAGCAGCGUACGACUGGUACCUAUGCUAUUCCGACGAGUUUCUCGAUUGGAAUGAUUUUGAAGAGAAAAUAAGGUACAUGUUUGGGAAUCCCAACAAGGAUCAAGGAAACCGCCAAAAAAUUUACGAACGAAAACAACUUCGUUAUGAAACAUUUCUGACUUUCAAAAUGGAAAUCGAAAGAUUGAACAAACUCCUGACGCGACCGUUAGAUUCGGACCGAAUUUUCGAGGUUAUCUGGGACAAUAUGCGGCCUCACUACCGAUCGAAGUUGGCUUGUCGAACGGUACGUGACCUCAAAAAACUGGAAUACUAUGCGUACCGCAUAGAUGCACAUGACCCAGCGUACCGUCAGACGCGAGAAGGACUAUCGCGACCAGCUCAUAUCAACAGAAUCGAGGUUGAAGGAGAAGAGGAGGAUUCGUACUCAUCUUAUUCGGAGACCGAGGAGAUAAACGCGAUAGGAAGGAGGUACGAUCGUGAGCGGAAACGACCCUCGCAACCGCCGCAGCAGCAUAGCGUUAACCCAGAAGCAGGGAGAAUAGUUCCCUUGUGUUGGAAUUGUCGUGCGACUGGACACUUAUGGAGACAGAGCAAAGAAGAGAAACGAAUCUUCUGCUACGUCUGCGGAACUCUCGGGAAGACGACGACUACAUGCGAGAACCACCCCAGAAGUCCACCGACGGACACCAAACGAGUCUGUGAAGUUAGAGUUCAAACCGAAAGCUGCCCACACAUCUCUGUUAAGGUAUUCGAUACCGAUUACGACGCUCUACUGGAUUCUGGAGCCAGCGUUAGCGUUACCAAUAUUAAGGAUAUCGCGAAACGAAAUGGUUUAGAACUAGAACCGAGUCCUUUAAAAAUAGUGACCGCUGACAAAACCGUACAUGAGAGCCUUGGUUACGUACAAUUGCCGAUAAGAUUCCGGGGCGUAACAAAAAUCAUUCCAACACUCGUAGUGCCACAAGUAUCCCGAGCGUUAAUCCUGGGUUACGAUUUUUGGAAACGGUUCGGCAUUCAGCCUAUGAUAUUGGGCGAGAACGGCUUCGAACAAAUUAGUACGAUUCAGGAGAUCGACAGUGCAAAACCCAGUCACGAGACAGUACAGAUACCGAUGCUACCCAUUACAACACUUCCCGUUUUGCAACAAGGUGAGCCGGAUGAAACUCUGGAUAUCCCUGCUUUGGAGUUGCCGGAAGCUUCGAGAACCACACCGGAAACCAUCGAAACAGAGCACGAAUUGACACAAGGAGAACGUAUACAACUCGUGGAAGCAAUUAAGUUGUUCCCGUGUACUACCGAGAAUCGGUUAGGAAGGACAUCUCUAUUGCAGCAUGAAAUCGUGUUGCGAGACGAGGCCAAGCCAAUACGAACGCCUUUAUACCGUUGUUCCCCGGCUGUACAGGCCGAAAUGGAAGCAGAACUGGAGAGAUAUAGACGGAUUGAUGCCAUCGAAGAGUGCACCAGUGAGUGGGCAAGUGCCUUAGUUCCCGUUCGGAAAGCGAACGGAAAGCUUAGGGUAUGUCUUGAUUCCCGACGAAUAAAUGCGUGGACCAAAAAGGACUCCUAUCCGAUGCGCAACAUGGGAGGUAUAUUUCACCGCCUGGGUAAGGCUACCUAUUAUUCGGUUGUGGAUCUGAAGGAUGCAACCCCACAAGGCCUGUUCCGUUUUAAAGUUUGUCCAUUCGGGUUGACCAACGCCCCGUUCACGAUGUGCCGCUUGAUGGACCGCGUAAUUGGAUUCGAUCUAGAACCUAAUGUUUUCGUAUAUCUUGACGACAUCGUAAUUGCAACGAAAACAUUUAGCGAGCAUGUGCGACUUUUGCGCAUUGUGGCGGAUCGCCUAACCAAAGCCAACCUUACGAUUUCUCUUGAUAAAAGCCAUUUUUGUCGAAAGCAGGUAACUUAUUUGGGUUACUUGCUUACGGAGGACGAAGUGUCGAUCGACAACAGUCGCAUUUCUCCAAUUCUCGAUUAUGCUCGACCAAGAAACGUAAAGGAUAUACGCAGGCUGUUAGGGCUUGCAGGAUUCUAUCAACGUUUCAUUCGAGACUACAGCCGAAUUGUCGCUCCAAUAUCUGACCUGCUUAAGAAAGCGAAAAAUAGCUUCCGAUGGACUGAUGCGACCGAAAAUGCGUUUGAGGAACUACGAACGGCUCUUAUAUCCGCGCCAAUCCUUGGAAACCCUGACUUUAAUCUUCCAUUUACGAUCGAGUCGGAUGCUUCUGACAAUGCAGUUGGAGCAGCCCUUCUGCAACAACAAAACGACCAACAGAAGGUAAUCGCUUAUUUCAGCAAAAAACUAAGCAGUACCCAGCGGAAAUAUGCUAGCGUGGAGAAGGAAUGUUUGGGAGUAUUGUUGGCGAUCGAACACUUCCGUCACUACGUCGAAGGCACUCGGUUUAAGGUGGUCACCGAUGCGCGUAGUUUGCUCUGGCUCUUUAUCAUCGGGGUAGAAUCCGGGAACGCCAAACUGCUAAGAUGGGCCCUUAAAAUUCAGUCUUAUGAUAUCGAGCUGGAGUAUAAGAAAGGUAAAAAUAACAUUCUAGCAGAUUGUCUUUCUCGAUCGGUGGAGACCAUCUCACUUCAGCAGGCAGAUCUGGAAUAUCGGAAUCUUGCAACGAGAAUCUAUAAAGAACCCACUAAAUUUCCGGACUUUCGCGUGAUAGAUGAACGGAUUUGGAAGCUCGUAAAGCAGGAUAGCAAAAUAGAGGAUGCACGAUUCCAAUGGAAAAGUUACCCUCCAAUGGCUGAACGAGAAGAGUUAGUUCGCGAUGUACACGAGAGAGCCCACCUGGGUGCAGAAAAAACAUUGGCCGCUUUGAGGGAACGGUAUUAUUGGCCGAGGAUGAGUAGCGAAGUAAAACGUUUCUGUCGAAGAUGCUUGACUUGUCAAACCAGCAAAGCCACGAACCAAAACACCACCGCACCGAUGAACGAGCAAAAGAAAAUCGUCCAGUACCCCUGGCAGUUUCUCGCAAUGGAUUACGUCGGUCCACUUCCAGCAUCAGGGAAAGGUCGGAGUACUUGCUUGUUGGUAAUAACUGACCUUUUCAGCAAGUUUGUAAUUGUACAGCCAUUUCGACAAGCUACUGCUGACUCGUUAGUCCAUUUCGUCGAAAACUCGCUGUUUCUGUUGUUUGGCGUACCGGAAGUUAUUCUUUCGGACAACGGAACUCAAUUCGUUUCUGCUUCGUUCCGAAAUCUGUUAACUCGGUACCAUGUGACCCAUUGGAGGACACCAAAUUACCAUCCGCAGAUUAAUGACACCGAACGAGUUAACCGAGUGAUCACCACCGCCAUACGUGCUUGUAUCCGCAAAGACCAUCGCGAAUGGGCAAACAAUUUACAACAAAUUGCCAGUGCGGUACGGAACUCAGUACAUGACGCUACGCGGUAUACCCCGUAUUUUGUGCUAUUCGGAAGAAACAUGGUAUCGGACGGGCGUGAAUAUCGGCACCUCCGAGAUGCAUCUUCCACUCAUGAUGGGCAACUGAAAGACGACGAACGAGAUAAGCUUCUAGCAGAUGUCCGGAAGAACCUCAAGUCGGCCUACGAGAAGCAUUCUUCGUACUACAACCUUCGGUCGAAUUCCAACUGCGCUACCUACUCUGUUGGAGAACGAGUCCUCAAGAAGAAUACCGAGCAAUCGGACAAAGAGAAGGGUUUUUGCGCUAAGCUAGCUCCGAAAUAUGUGCUAGCUGUGAUAAAGCGAAUCGUGGGUUCUCAUUGCUACGACCUAGAGGACUUGAAGGGAAAACGAUUAGGCAUUUUUAAUUGCGCAUAUUUAAAAAAGCUCAAUUCCCAAUCGUCUUCACCUUCUUAA